GCCUCCAAAUAAAUUUAGUUGAUAGAGAAGUAAAAGAAAAAUGGCGGUCGCAGUUGGAAGAGGGUUCCUUAUUCGGCCUUGCUCUUCAUCAUCCCUCCUUUGCAAUGACUUACCUAAAACUUCACCGAGCAUCACAGCCACAUUUUCUCCUUCUAAGCCGGCAACCAUUCGACGUUAUUCAGCAUCUGUGGUUCAAGCCCAGCAGCGGCCUACAUGGCUUCCUGGGCUCGACCCUCCUCCGUAUCUCGAUGGAACAUUAGCCGGAGAUUUUGGAUUUGAUCCACUUGGGCUUGGAGAGAACCCAGAGAGCUUAAAAUGGUACGUCCAAGCAGAGCUGGUGCAUGCUCGUUUUGCCAUGGCCGGAGUAGCUGGAAUUCUUUUUACAGAUUUACUCCGCGUAACAGGUAUAAACAAAUUACCGGUUUGGUAUGAGGCGGGUGCAGUAAAAUUCGAGUUUGCCAGCACAACAACUUUGUUCAUCGUUCAACUUCUCUUGAUGGGUUUCGUUGAAACCAAAAGAUACAUGGAUUUCGUUAGUCCUGGAUCGCAAGCGAAGGAGGGAUCCUUCUUUGGAUUGGAAGCUGCUUUAGAAGGUUUAGAGCCUGGUUACCCUGGAGGUCCUUUGCUUAACCCUCUUGGCCUGGCUAAAGAUAUAAAAAAUGCCCAUGAAUGGAAGCUCAAAGAGAUUAAGAAUGGACGGCUUGCUAUGGUGGCUAUGCUGGGCUUUUUUGUGCAAGCUUCAGUGACUCAUGUAGGACCAAUCGAAAACCUCCUGGAGCACCUUUCAAAUCCAUGGCAUAAAACUAUUAUCCAGACCCUUGCUAAUUCUGGUUCCUGAUGUUAAUCGAAGUUGAUGCGUUACAACUCUCAGUCUAUAUGGUGAUUUGUAAAUUAAAUUCGUACGUCAUUGGAUUUUAAUUUGAUUUCAAUGAUGAUUCCGGCUUGCCGGAUUCGAACCAGCUAUCUAAGGAUGAGAGCUUGUGCAUACUGGAGUCCUCCGAUCUACCAACUGAGCUAAAGCCGGUAACACCUUCUUGUGUCUUUCAACUUGUGUUUUAAUUGAAACUGAAACCAAGUAUCAUGUUAUUGCUUAA